CAAUAUUUUGUCCGGAUGGGACCGAACAAGGGACGAUGAAAUCAGUGUGGUGGAAAGAAGUUGUGUUUGUGUUUGUGUUUGGUGUUGGGACAAUUGAUAUUGGUGGCUCUCAAAUUGUGAACCGCACAUAUACCCACCCUGCUUCCCACGCCACAUCGUUCUCCCUCUCCCUCCCUCCCUCUCUCUCUCUCUCUCUCUCUCUCUCUCUCUCUCUCUCUAAGCUCUUUCUUGUUGAAACUGUGAGUCUAUGUUAUUUGUGGCGGAGCAUGAACUCCACCACCAACACUUCGAAUUCUCAGUCAAUGGCUGCAGCAGCACCGAGUGAUGGUUCUGGGAAGAAGGUAAGAAAGCCUUACACCAUAACCAAGUCCAGAGAGAGUUGGACUGAGGAAGAACAUGAUAAGUUUCUCGAAGCUCUCCAACUAUUUGACAGGGACUGGAAGAAAAUUGAAGAUUUUGUAGGUUCAAAAACAGUUAUUCAGAUUCGAAGCCAUGCCCAGAAAUACUUCUUGAAAGUUCAAAAGAAUGGGACUGUGGCACAUGUGCCUCCUCCCCGUCCAAAGCGCAAAGCUGCUCAUCCUUACCCGCAAAAGGCAUCAAAAAAUGUUUUGGUGCCACUACCAGCUUCCAUUGGUUAUGCUUCAUCGAGAAAUACGCUUGCACCUGGGUUUGCCUCAUGGGAUGAAACUUCCCUGCUGAUGAAUGCUGGAGCCGAUAAACCCAUGACCUGUCAGGAUGAACUCAACAAUCUUCAUCAUGGAAAUGAAGCUGAUAUUGGAUCAAAGGGGAUAGCACAGAUUACCAACAGCAGUCUCAGUGGUGUAGGAAAUUCUACUGGAGCACUACCGACUUCUGAGAUACCCAAGCAAGGGAAACAAGCUCCAGUGCUUCAUGGUUUGCCAGAUUUUGCUGAAGUUUACAGUUUCAUUGGAAGUGUAUUUGAUCCAGAAACAAACGACCAUGUCCAGAAGCUGAAGGAAAUGGAUCCUAUAAAUUUUGAAACUGUUUUGUUGUUAAUGAGAAACCUCACUGUCAACUUGUCUAGCCCUGACUUUGAACCCAUCAAGAAGGUAUUGUCAACAUAUGAUGUCAAUACCGUGGCAGUAGGAAUUGAUGUCAAGACAAAUGAUCUAUCAUGUCAAACCGCUUAACACCACUAGCAAUUUGUUGAUAUGUUAGGUAGGGCAAAUUUGGAUUGAAGACUGAGGUUUUGCUCGGCCAGCGGUAAGGCAUGGGGAAUAUCUUGCACCCACUGAAAAGCCUGUAAAUGUAACCGUAGUCCAUUGUAACCACAACCAAAAUAGUAGUAAAUGUUAGAAAGCUAAAGAGCAUAAUGUAUUUUCAGAUGAUUCUUAUAACAAUUGUUGUAUUGCAGUGAUUUUGUUGCCUUCGAGUAGAGACAGGUUUAUACGAUA